AUGAAUUCCUUUUUAAUUUUGUUAGCUGCCUUGGUUACCGAGAAGGUCGGCAGCUCAGAUACCUCUUCAGAGACCUGUGCAUUCUUAAAAGUCUUCGAUGGUAACGACAAGGAAUCCCGUAUCGUCAACGGAAACCCAGCUGCACUCGGUCAAUUUCCGUACUUCGCGGCUGUCACUAUCAACGCCUAUUUUUGUGGAGGAUCGAUUAUCCACCCACGGUGGAUUUUGACAGCGGCUCACUGUGCUGUUCUAGGCAAUGAGUUUUAUGUACGAGUUGGGGCAGUCACUCUUUCGUCAGGGACCACCUAUUAUUCCAACGUAAAAUAUGUACAUCAGGAAUUCAACUAUCAAACUCUUGCUAAUGAUAUCGCUCUGCUAUAUCUUAGCAGUGACCUUGUUUUCACAGAUUACGUUAAAGCCGUCGGAUUACCAAGCAUUGAAGAAUCGAACCAGUUCGAAGACUACCAGGCGUACGUUGUGGGACAUGGGAAACAAUUUGAUACCACUAGCCUGUCUAAGGAUUUGAUGUACGCCAGUGCAUCGGUGAUUUCUAGUGAUGAUUGCGCCUUAUAUUUUGGGGACUAUAUCACCUCCUCCACUUUAUGUGCUGUUGGAUUAUCGGGAGAGAAUACCUGCACGGGAGACUCAGGUGGUCCAGUUGUUUCCGAUAAUAAACUGAUCGGAGUCAUCUCAUUCGUUGCUGCAGGAGGUUGUGAGGCACACUAUCCAUUCGGGAACACUCGUGUUACGAGCCACCGUCAAUGGAUUUCAAAUGUUACUGGAGUGGUUUGAAUACAUGAAGAAAAUAAACUAAGUUAACGGGUUAAGCUAGGGUUACCAUAUCCUGCGACUCAAAAAGAGUACAUUUAAAUUAAGGUUGCCAGAAUUUUUCAGAACGUAUUUUCUUCAAAACCAAACCGUGCAUUUCAUUUCUAAGUUGACCACAAUAAAUCCGGGCAGUAUCCGGGCAAAUUUAGUA